CUGAAUUUUCUCCUCUCCUCUCAGGUCAGUCCAUGGUAUUCCGCUCCCCCCUAGACCUCUAUUCCUCCCACUUCUUGUUGCCAAACUUCGCCGAUUCUCACCACUGCUCCCUACUUCUGGCGAGUAGCGGCGGCGGGAGCGGUGCGGGCGGCGGCGGCGGCGGCGCGGGAGGAGGCGGCGGCGGCGGCGGCGGCGGGAACCGUGCGGGAGGCGGCGGUGCUGGCGGAGCAGGAGGCGGCAGCGGCGGCGGCGGCUCCAGGGCCCCCCCGGAAGAGUUGUCCAUGUUCCAGCUGCCCACCCUCAACUUCUCGCCGGAGCAGGUGGCCAGCGUCUGCGAGACGCUGGAGGAGACGGGCGACAUCGAGCGGCUGGGCCGCUUCCUCUGGUCGCUACCCGUGGCCCCCGGGGCGUGCGAGGCCAUCAACAAACACGAGUCGAUCCUGCGCGCGCGCGCCGUCGUCGCCUUUCACACCGGCAACUUCCGCGACCUGUACCACAUCCUGGAGAACCACAAGUUCACCAAGGAGUCUCACGGCAAGCUGCAGGCCAUGUGGCUCGAGGCGCACUACCAGGAGGCCGAGAAGCUGCGCGGCCGCCCGCUCGGCCCGGUGGACAAGUACCGCGUGCGCAAGAAGUUCCCUCUGCCGCGCACCAUCUGGGAUGGCGAGCAGAAGACCCAUUGCUUCAAGGAGCGGACUCGGAGCCUGCUGCGGGAGUGGUACCUGCAGGAUCCCUACCCCAACCCCAGCAAGAAACGAGAACUGGCGCAGGCCACCGGCCUCACCCCCACACAAGUAGGCAACUGGUUUAAGAACCGGCGACAGCGCGACCGCGCAGCGGCGGCCAAGAACAGGCUCCAGCACCAGGCCAUCGGGCCCAGCGGGAUGCGCUCGCUGGCCGAGCCCGGCUGCCCCACGCACGGCUCAGCAGAGUCACCGUCCACGGCGGCCAGUCCGACCACCAGUGUGUCCAGCCUGACGGAGCGCGCGGACACCGGCACUUCGAUCCUCUCGGUAACCUCCAGCGACUCGGAAUGUGAUGUAUGAUAGCCAAGGCCGCCCUCCUCCUCCCCCUCCUCCCCUUCCACCUUCCCCUCCUCUUCGUAACCCUGCUCCUCUUCCUCUUCUUCUACUCCAUCCCUAGAACAAACCGAAAUCAGGAUACACAGACAGACACACACACACACAACACACGAGUCCAUACACACCCCCACCCCAGCCAAAAAUAUAUUUAAAAAAAAAAACAAGAAAAAUAAAUUAACCUCAAACCAUCAACCCCCCCCCCCCACCUACCACCAUGGCCACCCUAAAGGACCGCGACGCCAACAGACAGUCACAAACGCUGAUGUUGCGGGCAGAAAGCAUAAAAGAGGUGACAAUUGUAUACUUUCUAGGACAAGCACGGCUUCUCCUUUUGGUUCCCACGGACCCGGCACCCCACCUGCAUGACGAUUUAUUUGUAUCUGGGAAAAUAUUCUCUCUAGUUUAAAAUGAUUUAAAGAGUCGACUAUACAAAAAACAAACAAACAC